UGUAUAUUAAAAAUUCGUAGCUUAAAUUUCUUUAAGAACUUUCCCCAAAGUGGAAACACACUAUAUUUUAACAACCAAUACUUCUUGCAAAAGUGGACGUUUGUUGCUUCAGAAAUACAGAAAUAAAAUCAAAAGUUUGGUAUGUAUUCGACGUAGACUUUAUAUUUUGGUUUUGAUUUUAGUUACAGUUCAUAUUAAAAUGUGUAAAAUGAUGCUAUAUAAAAGCCUGUGUUUGAUGCGGUGCCUUUCUACAGAGUCACUGAGAUAUGAAGUGUAUAUAUUCAUUUUUUUUUAAUAUUAUAUUGUAUUGUAGAGUGUUUUAGGUUACAUGGAAACAUAUAAUAACUUUUUCUCUUGCUACCUUUCUAGUUGAAGCUGUUUUAACUUCAUCAGCAAUGGUUUUAGUUCAACAAGUUACCAAAAAUGCAAAGGCAAUGGUUCCAUUUUUAAAACCUAUAUGGGCAUUUGGUAUUGCAUUCUCUGUCACUGGAUACCUUAUAUGGAAAUUACCUAUAACAGGUGGGACAUCAGAUGGAAAUGCUGACAGGAAUGAGUUCCACCAAUAUUAGCGAAAGCCAGCCAUAAUAAUGAGGUCACCCAUAUUAAUGAGGGCCACAUUAUGUAGUAAUGAGGGACACCCAAUGUUAAUGAGGGUUAGCCAGUGUUAAUCGGCAUCACCAAUUUAACAAAACUUACAUUAACAAGGUUCAUACAUUUUAACCAAGGGCCACCCAUAUUAAUGAGUACGAUGCAUAUUAAUGAGGGUCAUGCAUAUUAAUGAGGCCAUGCAUAUUAAUAUUGUUUGUUAAGUGAUUUCCUCAUUAAAUAUGGUUAUUCAGAAUUCACAAACCCUAUUAAUGAAUGCUAAUGUUUUCUUUUUUCCUUUUCUGUAGAAGAAACAAAAGCAAAUUCCAGUAAGUCACUUUUUAAAGGAUUGUCCAUGAUUAUUGACAUUUUCACAAACAUAGAAGGAGUACUCUCUUUUUGAACACUUACCCCCAGAGAGUACUCUUAAUUAAAUGUUGAUCCUCGGGAAUGAAGUCUAACAUGAGAUCAGUGCUGCAAACAUUGACUAACAUUGUAUAUUUCUCCAUGUCAUUUAGAAUAUUAUAAUCCUGGUCAUGAUCAGCAUUAAAGUUUUAAUAUAAAGUCGGGAAUUUUGCUGCCAUCUGGAAUUUUGUAAAGUUAAUUUAUCAAAAGAAAAGAAUGUGACUUUGAGCUUUACUUAUUUGUAAUCUAAAGUAUUUUGUUUGGAAAUAAAGAAAAAAAUAUAUUUGACA